AUGGCUAAAGUAAGUACAGAAUUUGGAAUGUCAUCAGUUGACGAUUCAUCGAUUAAAAGGGUUACAAAGGAUGGGGGAUUGGAAUCGAUCACUCUGCGGUCAGAUUUGGCGGUAAGAUACGUCUUCUUGAACGAAUCAUUACUGGAUGCAUUCAAUUUGAUCAAGAGAGAUGAAAAUGAGGAAAGCAGUAUCGGGUUGAAAGAAACUUUAGUGACGGAAAAAAUCGCCAAUGAAGAAAAAUACCUUAGUGAUUGGGCAGAACGACUUAAACAGGAUGUCGAAAGUGCUGGGAAGAACGAUAUAUCGCAGAGAGGGGAAGAGAAAAAUAGAAAACUCGAUGAAGAAUUGAAAUAUUUAGACAAGGCGAUAGAAAGCUUGAAACAAGAGUUUCUCAAUCCAACAGAUGAAGAUCUCAGACGGAGAAAUGAUGGAAUUUUGAAGGAUUAUACGAAGCGGUUUGAUAGAGUGGUGUACGAGAUUAGAGAUAGAGUUAAACAAGACGACGAUAGCGAGAAAGAUGAUGAAGCGGAAUCUGAUGACUCUGAUUCGGACUCUGAUUCUCAAGAGUAUGCGGGAACUACGUUUCAUCGUCUUAGUGAUCCUGUUAGAAUCGGGGGAGUUCGAUACGAGAAGGCUGAGAAUAGAAAGGGGGAUGCUGAUACCUCUGAGAACUCGGAUAUGGAGCAGAAUGCUGAAUCAACACAGCAGCAGCAUCCAAACGGUGCAUCUUUUGCUUCAAUGUAA